UCAACACUUGUCAGAAUUGUGGGAACUACAUUUCGAGCAAAUAGAAAAUCGGCAAGCUAUUAAUAUUUAAAAGUGCCCAUAAAUAAAUGAAUAUCUUUAACAUUAGGGGUCAGUUGGGUAUGGGCAGUUCAAAAUUCGUAUUGGAAGCGCGUUAGGGCACGCAAUGCACGAAGGGGAGGAAAAGCACGAACAGGAUUCGGCGUGAGAAGAAGAAGAGUGGGCACGUAGCAGUGCGAAAAGAAACACAUGUUCGCGCAAAAUCGAUGAAUGAAAUUUAAAGGGAAACCGAAAACUGAAUAGAGCAGUGCGCGUUUAGCAAUAUAUUAACACACAUUGUCCGCAAAGAAUUGAGAGUAAGGCUUCCUGUAAAAGCCUCCGCAGGACUCCUUGCAAACAUGGGUAUUACGGAGACAGCAGCAACAACAACUACCGGACUGGGAGCGGCAAACGCAAUGGAGAGCAAACAAAUCCUCUCGCUCGAGGUGUUCCAGGACAUCUUCAAGCACGUGGAACCGGAAGUGCAGAUCGAUGCCUUCGAGCUGGCCCAGGGCUCCGACCGGGGCGACAACUAUACGGCCGCCCUGUAUCGCAUAAAGCUAACCGGAAAGCGGAGGAGCCUCAAAUGGGAACAGAACAUCAUCUGCAAGGUGAUGCCGGAAAGUCUAGUCGCCCGUGAGGCCUACAAGAGCGACAAGCUCUUUCGCAAUGAGGUGCAGUUCUACAACACCAUCAUGCCUGAACUGCUCAAGUUCCAGGCCAGCAAAACGAACCAGGACACUCCCGUGUUCAAUGCCAUUCCAAAGUGCUAUUCAGCCAGGCAUGAUCUGCUCAUAAUGGAGGAUCUUCGCGAACGUGGCUUCCAGAUGUCCGACCGCCACAAAGGCCUCAGUCUGGAGGAGACGCAGUCCGUCCUGCUGCAGGUGGCACAGCUGCACGGCCUUAGCCUAGCCUACAAGUUCGAGAAACCGCUGGAGUUCACCAAGCUGUGCAGCAUGAUCAGCGAGGGUAUCUUCUGCACGGCCAAUACGAGUUGGUAUCGAAACUACUACGAGCGCCUUACCAAGAACGCCAUUCAGAUGGUUUCCGAGGUGCUGCCUUCUGACUCCAAGUACGUCCUGGCCAUGAACAAAUUUGCGGAAAGCUCCUCUUUCUUCGGCCGGAUGGUGAAGUUGGCCAGUGCCGAGUCGCCGUUAUCCGCCAUUUGCCACGGAGACUGUUGGGUGAACAACUUUCUGUACCACUAUGAUCCGGAGGAUCCGCAGCGGGUGCUCGAGGUGGCCCUUCUCGACUUUCAGCUGAUACGCUACAGCUCCAUCGCCCUGGACAUUGCCAAUCUGCUAUACUGCUGCACCACCAAGGAAAUGCGGGAUGCUCAGCUGCAGACUUUGCUCAAGAUCUACACGGAAGAGCUGUUUCGAUGGCUGCAAAUCCUGUGCACAACUUUGCCGGAUCACUGCGACACGUUACAGAAGCUACAGGACCUUUUCGCCGAGGAGCUGAAGACAUACGGCCGCUUUGCUCUUGGCCUGGCAUUGGAUAUCCUGCCAAUAAGCACCUGCUCUUCGGAGGAUGCGCCCGAUAUGUACUUAGAUCGAAGCGAUGAACUCGAGGAGGAUGUGGGCGCGCCCACGCUCAACUUUCCACCCAACGACCUGUGCCGCCAGAAGAUGUCGGAGAUAGUCAUAGAUAUGGUGGAUCGGGACAUGCUCUAGACCACCCU